AUGUCAGGUCUUAAUAUUCCUAUUAUUAUUGAUAAAAAGCUAGAAUUUAUUCAACCCAAUGAAACUCUACAACAAUGGGCUAUUCGAGUUAGAGUUCCUUUACAAGAGCUGGUCUCUGAAAAGAAAAUAAGUAUAUAUCACGUUCAUUGUUUAUUUGGAGCAUUUAAAAUUCUAAGCUAG